UGAGGUGGUGUGUCUAUGUUGGUAUCUUAAAUGCUUUGAUGGAGCUACAGAGUUAGAUUUUGAGGCAUUAAAGUGAUAUCUACUUGCCACCUUAAAUGCUUUGGCCUGACCUCCUUUCUUUAAUGCAUGGCUUCUAUCUGAUCGAUGAACCCAAUUCUAACAACAGCAGUAGUGCUAGCUCUUCAAUUUCUUUGGAACUCUUGAAUAAUCCAUUUGGUUUUUCUGUAUUAAGUUCGGGAUAAAUUUUUCUCUCGUUCGGUCUUCUUUUGUUCUGGAGGGACGAUGGAACUUACAGAGCUUUGUUUAGCUCUGAAGGUAUCUGCAGAAAGCAAGAACAUGAAUAGUAGCAGGAAGAAGAGGAAGCUUUCUGAAGAUGAUUACCUCCUGAUGAAAAUUAAUGAAACAUCAGCAGUACGUACAACUACGAGUCACGUCGAUCUCCAGCUUGAAGACCCUUUGCCAUUGGAUUGGGAGCAGUGCCUUGAUCUUAAGUCUGGAAAAGUGUACUAUUUGAACAGAGAGACUUCAAAGAAGAGUUGGAAGCGGCCUUUAAGGGAGGAGCUGCAGGACGAGGCACAUCUGGAUCUUGAGCUACACAUCUCGAGCACUUUUUCAGCUGAUAAGUGGUGUUCAGAGCAGAGAUGCCGCAGAACCGCUGAAGAGGUGGUGACCGGUAGCAGCAGUAAUAGUAUGAUGCUGGCUUUGGCUUGUCUGAAUUGCCAUCUGCUUGUGAUACUCUCCAAGACUUUUCCUCGUUGCCCCAACUGCAAAUAUGUCCACUCCUUUCCUCUUCCAAGUGUCAACCAAAAUCUCAAUCGAGUCCUUCAACAUGAUCGAUCGAGCUAGAACUAUCUAUCUCAGAUUAAGGAAUAGUUGUAAUGAUCUAUGUUAAUUAAUUUGAGUUCUUGUG